AUGGCGGCUGCCCGGAGUGGCCGCCAUUUUCUUGUCAGUUGCUUGUCUGUUUCUCCCGCACAAAAUGGCGGCCCGGGCCGGCGGUCGCUCCCGCUGCCGGCUUUGCGAGCCCCGCCGUCGCUGAGAGAAGGGGUGGAGGAGCGGAGAGCGGGCUGCCGAAGCGCCGCGUCCGCCGCCUCGCCCAGGUUUCCUGUUCGGGGGCUCGGGCGCCGCGGUGCGGGGCGAUACCGCCUGCUUCCCCCUCGUGCCUCCCGGGGCGGCCGCCGUGGUGCGGGGGAGCGGCUCCCGCCCGGCGCCCCGGCGGAGAACAAAGAGCCGGGCGGGCGCGGGCAGCGGGCGGCGCCCGCCGGGCGGGGCGGGGGGGCGGCGGCGCCGCGCGGCGCCUGCGGGGGGCGCCCUCCGCGGCCGAGCCUUUUGUUCGCCGCCGCCGCCGCCAUGUUGUCCCCGCUCGGCGUGCCCGCGCCGGCCGGGCGGGGGGCACUCGCCGCGCUCGGCGCUGGGAGGGCUCCGAGCGCAUCCGGGACUCUUCCAGGCUUCCCUCCCCCGGGCGUGCCUGUCCCCGUGCUCGCCGUUCUGCGCCGUGAGCGGCGGUUUUGUUUUUCCCUACCCCGUCAAUUUAAUUUUAUUCUUUUGAAGAUUCUUCGUUGUCAAGCCGCCAAAGUGGAGAGUGCGAUUGCAGAAGGGGGUGCUUCUCGUUUCAGUGCUUCUUCAGGCGGAGGAGGUGGUAGGGGUGCACCUCAGCACUAUCCCAAGACUGCCAGCAACAGCGAGUUCCUGGGGAAAACCCCAGGGCAAAACGCUCAGAAAUGGAUUCCUUCACGAAGCACUAGACGAGAUGACGACUCCGCAAACGACAAAGAACGACAUGAUGCAAUCUUCAGGAAAGUAAGAGGCAUACUAAAUAAGCUUACUCCUGAAAAGUUUGACAAGCUAUGCCUUGAGCUCCUCAAUGUGGGUGUAGAAUCUAAGCUCAUCCUAAAAGGGGUCAUACUGCUGAUCGUAGACAAAGCCCUUGAAGAGCCCAAGUAUAGCUCGCUGUACGCUCAACUAUGUCUGCGACUGGCAGAAGAUGCACCCAACUUUGAUGGCCCGUCAGCAGAGAGUCAUCCAGGACAGAAGCAAAGCACAACAUUCAGACGCCUCCUAAUAUCUAAACUUCAAGAUGAAUUUGAAAACCGAACCAGAAAUGUUGAUAUCUAUGAUAAGCAUGAUGGUCCCCUCCUCCCUGAGGAGGAGGAACAGAGAGCCAUUGCCAAGAUCAAGAUGCUGGGGAACAUCAAAUUCAUUGGAGAACUUGGCAAGCUUGAUCUUAUUCAUGAAUCUAUCCUUCAUAAGUGCAUCAAAACACUUUUGGAAAAGAAGAAGAGAGUUCAACUCAAAGAUAUGGGGGAGGAUUUGGAGUGCCUCUGUCAGAUAAUGAGGACAGUGGGACCUAGAUUAGAUCAUGCGAAAGCCAAGUCCUUAAUGGAUCAGUACUUUGCCCGUAUGCGCUCCUUGAUGUCAAGUAAGGAAUUGCCAGCAAGGAUUCGUUUCCUGCUGCAGGAUACUGUGGAGUUGAGAGAACACAACUGGGUUCCUCGCAAAGCUUUUCUUGACAAUGGACCAAAGACUAUCAAUCAAAUCCGUCAAGAUGCAGUAAAAGAUCUGGGAGUUUUUAUUCCUGCUCCUAUGUCUCAAGGGAUGCGAAGCGACUUCUUUCUGGAGGGACCCUUCAUGCCACCCAGGAUGAAACUUGACAGGGACCCACUCGGAGGGCUUGCUGAUAUGUUUGGACAAAUGCCAGGUAGCGGAAUUGGUACUGGUCCAGGGGUUAUUCAGGAUAGAUUCUCACCCACCAUGGGACGCCAUCGUUCAAACCAACUCUUCAAUGGCCAUGGGGGUCACCUCAUGCCUUCUGCUCAAUCCCAGUUUGGAGACCUAGGCAAAUCUUUUCUGAAAAGUCAGGGGCAAAGCCAACUCUACCAUACCCAGAAUCAGGGACUCUUAUCCCAGCAACAAGGACAGUCGAAGGAUAUGCCACCUCGGUUUUCUAAGAAAGGACAGCUUAAUGCAGAUGAGAUUAGCCUGAGACCUGCUCAGUCUUUCCUGAUGAAUAAAAACCAAGUGCCAAAGCUUCAGCCCCAGAUAACUAUGAUUCCUCCCAGUGCUCAACCACCACGCACUCAGACACCGCCUUUGGGACAGCCGCCUCAACUUGGUCUUAAAACAAAUCCACCACUUAUACAAGAGAAGCCUGCAAAGACCACCAAGAAACCACCUCCUUCUAAGGAAGAGCUACUUAAACAAACUGAGGCUGUUGUGACUGAGUAUCUGAACAACGGAAAUGCUAAUGAUGCUGUCAAUACUGUGAGAGAAAUGAGAGCUCCGAAACACUUCAUUCCUGAGAUGCUGAGCAAAGUAAUCCUUCAAUCCCUAGAUAGAUCCGAUGAGGACAAAGAGAAAGCAAGUACUUUGAUCAGCUUGCUCAAGCAGGAGGGAAUAGCCACCAGUGACAACUUCAUGCAGGCAUUCCUGAAUGUAUUGGACCAGUGCCCCAAACUGGAGGUGGACAUCCCAUUGGUGAAAUCCUACUUAGCACAGUUUGCAGCCCGUGCCAUUAUUUCAGACCUGGUGAGCAUUUCCGAACUGGCUCAACCACUGGAAAGCGGCACCCAUUUCCCUCUCUUCCUGCUCUGUCUUCAGCAGUUAGCUAAGUUACAAGACCGUGAAUGGCUAACAGAAUUGUUCCAACAAAGCAAAGUGAAUAUGCAGAAAAUGUUACCAGAAAUUGACCAGAACAAGGAUCGCAUGCUGGAGAUCUUGGAAGGGAAGGGGCUUAGCUUCUUGUUCCCGCUUCUGAAACUGGAGAAGGAACUGCUAAAGCAAAUAAAAUCGGAUCCAUCCCCUCAAGCCAUCUAUAAGUGGAUUAAAGAUAACAUUUCACCCAAGCUUCAUGUAGAUAAGGGAUUUGUGAAUAUACUGAUGACCAGUUUCUUGCAGUAUAUUUCUAGUGAAGUAAACCCACCCAGUGACGAAUCGGAUUCUUCAUCUGCUCCAUCUAAAGAGCAGCUCGAGCAGGAAAAACAGCUGCUUCUUUCCUUCAAGCCGGUGAUGCAGAAGUUCCUCCAUGACCAUGUUGAUCUGCAAGUGAGUGCUUUAUAUGCACUCCAGGUGCACUGCUACAACAAUAAUUUUCCAAAAGGCAUGUUACUGCGCUUCUUUGUUCAUUUCUAUGACAUGGAGAUCAUUGAAGAAGAAGCCUUCUUGGCAUGGAAAGAAGACAUUACUCAAGAGUUUCCAGGGAAAGGCAAAGCUUUAUUCCAGGUAAACCAGUGGUUAACCUGGCUGGAAACUGCUGAAGAAGAAGAAUCUGAAGAAGAAGCUGACUAAAGAACCAGCCAAAGCCUUAAAUUGUGCAAACAUACUGUUGCUAUGAUGUAACUGCAUUUGACCUAACCACUGCGAAAAUUCAUUCCGCUGUAAUGUUUCACAAUAUUUAAAGCAGAAGUAUGUCAGUAGGAUAUUCUCUGCAAAAGGUUUUUGUAGUAUGUCUUAAUAGUCUACAAUAAAAAUAUUUUAGAGUAUCUUCAAUGUUUAGAUAACAGUGUAUUAGCAGCAUGCAAUAAUUACAUCAUAAGUUCUCGAGCAGAAGCAGUCUGUUGCAAGGGUCUUCUUUGCUGCCAGUUAUCAUAGGCUGUUUUUAAGUUAGAAACUGAAUAGCAACACUGAAUACUGUAGAAAUGCACUUUGCUCAGUGUAAUACUUGAGUUGUUGCAAUAUUUGAUUAUCCAUUUGGUUGUUACAGAGAAUCCUUAACUGUAAUCGAUGGUUGUUGCCGUAAUAGUAUAUUUGCCUGUAUUUCUACCUCUAGUAAUGGGCUUUAUGUGCUAGGUUUUAAUAUCCUUGAGCCUGGGCAAGUGCACAAGUCUUUUUUAAAAGGAACAGUUUACUUGCACAAAAACUGAUCGGCUGAAGAGAUGGUUUAAUGCCCUUUGGAAGAGGUUUUUGUGGGUGUGAAACAUGACAUGGUGAGAAAUUUGAAUUGGUCCCUCUUACAGUACUGAAAUUAAGUCUAUUAAUUUAUCAAGACAUGUUCAUGCCCUGAUUUUAUAUACUUGUAUCUAUCAAUAAACAUUGUGAUACUUGACUUGUUUCUGAAUGUCUCCCAGUAGAAAAGCUUUGGCUGAUGACUUGUUCACUUAAGAAAUGAAACAUCAGUGGGAGUCGCCUUAGGUUGUAACCAUCCUGAAAUUAUUUUUACACUCCUUGUCUGGAUAUGCAAAUGAAUUCUAAAUAAGGUCACAGACAAGAUGAGACACUACAGCUGUAUUGUGACAGGAGGAGAAUGAUGGAAUUUGCUGAGGAGAUGGUAGGGGUUUGCCUUGUGGUCCAGUGUAUGCUUUAUCAGUGAGUAUGUGCUUUUGACUUGAUUAAUGCUUUGAACUUCCCCCCCAGGCCACAUGCAUGUUUCUGAAUCAAGUGGCACUGUCUGUUAGCUGCCUGUUCUCAAAUUGGCAAAAAAAAAAAAUCCCUACAAAAGAGUUGAAUGAUGUUGCAUUGUACAGGCUUGAAAUGUCAUCUAUUAAAUACGCAAAACACCUUACUUCCUAGAA